ACUAUAUCAAGAAGCUGCCAAACUACAGCAGCAGAUUGCGAAUUUGCUGAACACAAACAGAAAUAUGCUAAGGUUCAUAACGAUGCCAAAUUAAUGGUUGAUUAAUAGGGCUUGUGAAAAGAACAAUGAUCCAUUACAACCCAGUAUCACAGGUAUUGUUUUCAGGCCAGCUGACACCAACAUCGAAAAGCAGAUCUACUCCCACCAGCAGAUUAAGCGCUAGUCAUAAUGGAUCACAA